AUGAGUCUGAUACACGUGCGUUCCUCGUCCAGCCAGGAUCUCCCGAGAGCCUACACAACGGACAACCAGUUCGUCUACCUAUGCUUCAAUAUUGAAGUCUUCGGCGCCAAUAGUUUCUUAAUGACAGACCUGGCAAAUAUUAGCUCGAAGAUCUCUGUGAGCGACGUUGAUUUAACACUUGUAAAGGGCUUCGUGGACAUCGACCCCACACUAACAGCACUGGACGUGUGUGCCUUUCAGCCAUCAGAGGUCAGAUCGACCAUCAUGUACAGGAGCGGUAAAGGCGACACAGCAGGGGAGAUGGCCGUGACGUGCCCUAGUAUCAUCCACGGCAACUACAACUACACCUUCGAUGGGACUAAAUGUACUGGCAACUCUAGUUUCGCUGUCUGCCCGGGAAGAACCACUGUAGUCAUUGAUUACGUCCAGUGUGCGGACCAGGUGGCAUACUCAACCAGUGGUAUCCUGGAGUGUAUGGGCUCUGUGACGCGAGGUGCUAAUACCUACCUGUGGACUUGGAUCGGAACAGGAACCUUCUCCUCAAGCACCAUCAGGACCGUGUGUUUUGCACUUGAAGAAAACUCGGGCACAGUGUCAGCCUCGUACACACCUCAGGACUGUUUGGUCAAUCAAGUCGCGUCAAGUGUCUCUCCAGGCGGCCUUCUUUCAAUGGUACCUUUAGAACUGUGUCCAAUAACUUCAGAAGAAGAGGAGGGCAGCAUCGCGGCCAUUGCAGGUGGAGCUGCUGUUGGUAUCAUUAUCCUCAUAGCCAUAGCCGUUGUUGUCAUUGUGUUGUUAAUGAAGAAGCGCAACAAGAAACUAAAUACAGUUCAAGCAGAUGGGACAAAAUCCACUGGCCCUUCCAAAACCCCAACUGCUAACGGUAAAACACCGACAAACGGCCAUGUUAAACAUGUCAGAAUUACAGAACCAGUAGUGGUUACAACUGUAAACGAAACUUCCACAUCGACAAAGAAGGCAGCGAACACGACAGACAAAUCACCAGAAAAGUCAAAGGAAUCACCCAGUAAAGUCCAGGAUAAUCCUAAAAGUGAGAGGAAUCCUAAAAGUGAACCCACAUCUCGUCCACCCACUGAUGCAGCACCAGUAGCUGCAGCGACAGCUACAGCUGCUUCGACGACACCGGCUACUACCUCAGGCACUUCAGCAGCUGCUUCUAGUCCUGCUGCAUCUUCAGCUACACCAGCUGCUGCUACUGUUACUGCUGCAGCUGCUCCUCCUGCCGCUUCUCCGACUGCUGCUACUACCCCCGCUCCUACUACACCUGCUCCUACAGCUGCAGUCACUGCCCCUCCUAAAGCAGAACCUGCACCUCCUUCAGCUGAUACUGCUGCUGCCCCAACAACUUCUGCGACAGUUGCUCCUACCGCUGCUGCCCCUGCAGUGGAACGUACACCGGCUACUGCUGCUACUGCAGCUGCUGUUGCUACCACUGUUGCAGCAUCUCCAGGAAGCCCGGUUAAAUCUAAACAAGCGGAUCCAGCGACCACAGAGGGGAAAUCCAGCCCGGAAGAUUCUUCUAAAGCACCAGAUGAUAAAGAGGAGAAGACGAAGAAGAAGAAAAAGAAGAAGAAGAAAGACAAGAAGAAAUCAGAGUAG